CAUGUCUAAUGGUCAAUGGAGCUCCACAUCAGAUGCUUUUGCAAAGUUCAUGGCAGCUUCUGGGAGAUUAACAGAGGCUAAUCCUUCCUCAUCAGGAGAUGAAGUGCAAUUUCUGGGAGAUCUUUCUACACACAAGCGUAGGACUCGUGAUGACACCGCAAAUUCGUCGGAGGCAAGGCGACUUAGGACUGUUCAGACUGUUGCGGUCUUAUCUCCUUCCUCUGAGUUAGUCACCAACCCCACUACUUCUGUGGCUGCCGAGGAACUGAAGUGCAAGAUUCUCUCUCAUAACUUUGAAUCCUUGGUUGAUGUUGGGACCAACUCCUCCAUUCAUAGCGUCUACACUGAUCUUCUCAAGGUAAUGUCUUCCUUUCACCUUGUCGAUAAGAAGCUGUCUUCUGAACACCAAACCAAUGAGAAUCUGAGGCGUGAACUGGACAAUGAGAAGUCAAGAACCGAUUUUGCUCACUUCCAUCCUCAACGUGAUGCAAUCUUCUGUCUUGUGGCCAUGAUCAUUGUGAAAUUCACAUCACUUUGAGAUGUCACGUUUAU